AGAACUCUGCAGCGCAGUCUAUAUUUUUUGGGAAAAAACAAUCAUAAAAAAUUUCGUGAAUAAUUUUUUUGAUAUUUUGGGACGAAAAAAAUAAUAAUUCCUUAAUAAAUUUUUGCAAUAAUGGAUUAUGAAAGUGUUUUAAUUGUUAAACCAGAAGUAUUUAUAUAUAAAAUUCCACCCAGAGCCAAUAAUCGUGGUUACAGAGCCGCCGAUUGGAAUUUGGGAGAACCCACCUGGACCGGUCGUAUGCGUUUGGUAGCCAAAGGUACACAAUGUAAUCUUAAAUUAGAAGAUAAAACAAGUGGUGCUCUAUUUGCUAAUUGUCCCAUUGAAACAUAUCCUGGUGUAGCCAUCGAAGCCGUAUCAGAUAGUUCACGUUAUUUUGUUAUACGAGUACAGGAUGAUAAUGGACGCUCGGCAUUUUUGGGUUUAGGUUUCGGUGAUCGUUCAGAUUCAUUUGAUUUGAAUGUUGCUUUGCAGGAUCAUUUUAAAUGGGUUAAAAAUCAAGAACAAAUUGAAAAGGAAAAAACCCAACCGAAACAAGAACUGGAUUUAGGCUUUAAAGAGGGUGAAACUAUUAAAAUAAAUAUGAGAAUAACGAAAAAAGACGGUUCUGAAGGCACUGGCCGUACAAAAUCUAAAGCAGGCUCUGGCAUAUUACCACCACCACCCGGAGGCAUGGGUAAAAUAGCACCACCACCAUCAGCCGCUGGUUCAGUACGUCAAAGUCCCGGUACAUCGCCUGCUCAUAAGGCUCCUGGUAAUGCGGCCACCGAAUGGACAGAUUAUGCUUCAGCUGGAUCUGCGCCUGGUCAAAAUCCUCAACAAAGUUCUGCAAAUGCUAAUUGGGUGCAAUUCUAAUUUUAAGCCUAAAGCUUGUCUAAGGUUUAUUUAAAAAAUAAAAAAAUAAAUAAACAAAUAA